AGAGAGAGAAAGAUCAUGAGGUGAAUGGGUGAGGGAAGCAAGAGAGCAGGGCGGUCGUUCGUCGUUCGUUCGUUCGUAUGUACGUUCGUUCGUUCGUACGUUCGUUCGUUCGUUCGUUCGUCUGUUCAGACGUCAAUCCUUUUUCGCGAACAUGUUUCGUUUAAAGAAUCAAUCCUGUGUAUUUGAUUAAUUCAAGGAUUUUUCAUAAUCUCCGAUCGUCCAUCAAACGAGUCAGGAAAAAGAAACGUUCGCCGGUUCCUUCAAAGAAAAAUUGUACGUACGUCACAACUAGAGAAAGAGAGAGAGAGAGAGGGAGAGAGAGAAAAGAAAGGGUUUUUUUCUGCAAGACAACAGACAGGAUCGAGGAACGAGCAAUAUAUCGGAGAAAGGACUAAAGACGCAGAAAUUAAGCCUGGUAUGAUAAAUGGUGGCGACCAGCAGCAUGGUGUAUGAGGAGAUAGUUGGAAUAAGGGGCAGCUGACCUCAGCCGCCGCGCACGCUCUUUACGCGCGAGAUGCCCCACAAUCUGAACUCGGCUUCCGCCAACUCCGCCAACACGGGACCGAAUCAUCAGGCUUAUCCUCACCAGCCUUAUCAUCGAAAUGGGGAUGGACUUCAGCCAGAGAAAGAACCGGUUGAAUUCGAUACGUCGCAUCUACGUGGUGCACCUGCCGAAGUGGAGGCAUUGGUACACAAUAUCAAAGACGUUGCACAACAAUUUCUUUAUCAUUGGAAAACAUUUCCCAUUGUCUUGCCACCUCCACUUUCGACGGGUACGGAAGGCGAGGACACACUCGCACGAAAGAAACAUCACUUGAGGGAUCUUUUCGUAGCACCAAGUUUCGACGAAUUGGAUGCAGUUGCAGUUGAUAGCAAAGGAGAACCCCGAAGGCUCACUAAUAAACAAUUAGAAAGCAUCAGAGAAAGAGGCUUGCACAAGGAUAAAUACGGAAAGCCGAAGAAGCUGAAUGCCACUCAGUUGGAGAGCAUUCGAAAAUGCGGGGAAUUUGAAGUGGAUUCAAUCAAUUUUGCUGGCCAGAUACAUCGAUGGCGAUUAAGUGCUCUUCUUCAACGUGGAAGAGACAGAAGGCGCGAAGCAUUACUCAGAGAUCUUGCCUUAGCUACUAGAUUUCUUGUAGUAACAGCAAAAGCUAGAUUAAUAUCCCAUUGCUUCAGUGUUUCGCAAUCUUUUAAAGCAUUCUUAACAGGAUUUUUACGUCUUCUCGAUAUAAUAAUAGGUGUGCCAUCUCUGCAAGCACACAAUUUAGAUGCCAAAAUUAGAGAAGAACGUUGUCGAUAUUUAGUCGCAGAAUUAGUAUGCAGACCGGAGUAUGAAGAUUCAUUGGAACUACUUUGUGGAUUUGUGAGGAAGCAACUGCGCCGAGCAACAAUGGAAAAAUUCGAGGUGGAACGUGAAUCAUCUCAGUUAUUACCUGUUCCAAUUCCUUUUGUGUUUGGUACACCUGGUGGAGCUGCAGUUGACCUGAGAUUAUUUAGCAGAGACAUUAUCAGAAAGGCUUUACCAAUACUAGUCUCGAUUUUAGAGAGAGAAACUCGUGGCUGGUUUCUUCAUUUUAGGGAAAGACUGAUAUCAGAAUUAAGAGCACAGAAAAAGCCAGACGAGGAAAUAGAAAGAGAAGUUAAUGAAGCGGUAAUGAGGGAAUAUUUACAAAGAGUAUAUACCAACAUCUUGUCGCAUCCGGAUAUACUUGGACUCGGUGAAGGUAUUGCACAACUUCUAGUUCAACAAGCGCAAUCGGUUGUAUUGAUGCACAGAGCGAUUGAAAAUGUACAACGAAAGUUGUUGCAAACGAAGGAGUCUUUAAGACGUCGUAUUGAACUAGAACAUCCGGUUUUAUCACGAAUACAACCAUGGAUGCGAGAUCGUAUGAGAGAAGCUGAAGACAAUUUUAUAGAGGAAUGCGAAUGGUGUGCGCACGAAGAAGGUCUUACAUUGUGCAGUCAUCAAAAUUUACAACAAACUUGUUACUUUCUCAAUCGUGAUUUAGUUUUUAUGAAAGAGAGAGAACCAGUUUUAUUAAAAGAAUUACGCAAAGUUAAGACACCAACAAGGAGCUUCCAAUGGCCGACACAAAUAUGGCUUCCAAAAAAUUGGAUAAUAAGACGAAAUUUUCAAGGUCAAUCUGAAAUCAUUCCAACAGUAUUAAGCAAUACACCAACAUCCAUUACAACACCACGCGCAGAUCCAAGUCAACCUGUUUUCUUAGUUGAAAGAGAAAUUGUACGUACAACGACAACUAGGUGGCCAAUGUGGCGUUGGAUAAAUUACAUAGCAAGAACAUGGUGUUGGACUUGGAAUGCGAUGUUUCUCUUGGGAGUAGCAGUUCCAUGGUACAGUCCAGUAUCUAUCCGUGCUUUGUUACUUGUGCAACCUUUUACUCCUGAUUUAGAAUUAAGCCAAGUUAAUGGAACAUUAUUUCCACGAAAAUCUUCACAAAUGCCUACUCUCUGUUCUCGAUUAGUAGCACUGUGGAGGCAUAUCAGUAAAAGUCGAACUCAUUUUGAAACAGAACCUGAUACAGGAUUUAUUGGCAAGGGAAUGACAAGACAUUUAAAUAGGCUAUGGAAUUAUGGUGCCAAAGGCCUUUUAGGAACGCUUGUUAUAUUAUUUGUUUUUCCUGUCGUAUGUAUACUUGCAAGUUUUGGAUCUCUGCUUAUUGCACUCACUGCAAUUAUGUGGAUGCCUUUAAUUACUUUAACGUUACAUGCUUUCAUGGCACUUAUAAUGGAUUUAGAUAGUCCAGAACCAAGUCGCAAUCGCUAUUUAGUUGUAAUGGAAGCAUUGGUUUGGAAUAUUGGUAUACAAGGAUGUUUACAACCAAUAGCAGCUUUAAUUGUAGCUCUCUUUGUAUGCCCUAUUAUUUCUUUUGUGAUACUUACUGUUGCUGUAAUACGUUAUUGCAUUAGAGUAGUAUGGGAUACAGCCAUGUUUCAUUUGGUAAUCAAAAAUAGAGGACGAAUUCCUGCUAGUGACAGUUUUGUAGUCAAAAGAAUAGCAGGACCGGGAUUAGCAUCGGAUUAUUAUUAUCAAAUAAGACCUGAACAAGCAUUGGCCGCGUUUGAAGCUAAAUUAGAGCUGGAUGAAUUAUUAGCUUUUCAACAAGAAACGGAGAGAUUAAUAACUCAACCGCAAAGAGAUUUUAGCCAGUUCGUAGAAGCUUGCUUUGGCCCUUUUGCAGCUGGUCUUGCAAAAAUAAGAGAUCCGUACAAGUCGCUUGAGAAAGAAGCUAGAGAUCUUAUCGCUGUUCUGCAUGAAAAAUUAGAACGACGAAGGAAAAACUUACAAACUGGACUCGGUGUGGCCGUAAGAAGCAAGAUAAAACUUACAACAUUUGAUUUGAAGGUAGUUAUACAACAAGGUGCACUGAUGUUAGAAAGACUUUAUCCAUUACACGUUUUUGCCCGUCUACCGGGAAACGAAGAGGACUUUUGGGAAAAUAAAGGAUUGGGUGUUGGUGAUUGGGCAGGUUUAGCAGGGCUUAUGUACGCCGAUAUAUUUAGUUUGGAUUUUCUUCAACCCCUCGAUGACUCAGAUACAAAAUUCAGAUUAGAACCACAUCCGGGUGUUGAUUUGUCACGAUACACAGAUAUGGUUCAUAGUACAGAGUUAGGUGGUAUUAACGGGCCUGAUUUAUUGGGUGCAGUGUAUGCACCACGUGGAAAUAUCCAAGUACAUAGCCCGUAUCUGGAAGUUUCAGCAUUUAAUCCACGAGCUAAGCAAGCCAGUAAUAGCAAGAAAUCUGAUAAACGAUGCGACACUAACGGUUUAUUAACAUCUACUAAAGUAAGAAGGCGUACAGUUUCAGCAAAUGGUAGUGUAGAUGGACGAUGGCAACCAUGGAAACGUCAGCUUCGACCAUAUAGUGCUGAAAAAUUAGUAAUUCCACUUCCUAUUCCACAUCCGGCACAUAUAGCUAUUACCAUUCAUAAUCGUGAUUCUGAAGAUCCAAUUCCAUUAGAUUCAGAGCUCUGUCAAAAUAUUUUACGAGCUAUUGAAGAAUCACCGGGUGAAAUGGCUACGGAAUGUGUAAGCCGUUACAGAGGUGGAGGAGAUUCUAGUUUUGAUUCCGUUGCAUCACAAUCUUCUGUCUCUAUUGAGACAGGUUUGGAUAAAGACAAUGAUGAAACUCAAGAGACUGCAAAUAACGAUAAGGAGGGUGAAAAUUAUCAUUGGACUCUUUCAAAUUGGGGUGGCGGUGUGACAAGAAGAAGAAAUAAUUCUGGAUCCAUUAAAGUUGAUUUAGCUUCCCCAGAAGAUGUUACUUUGGAUACGGACACAACCAGAGUAAUGUUUAGUACAUAUGGAACAACUGUGUAACGUACAUCUCUUAAUUGUAUCAGGUAAUGUAUUUGCGACUUAAAAACUUUUCAUUCUUUAAAAAACUAGGGAGAUGUGAAUUUUAAAUUUAUCAAUUUUGCCUAAUAUUUCUGUAGAUUAUAUCAAUGACAAGCAAAAUAAUUAGAAUGACUGUUGAUCUGCCACCAUAACUCUAGAAAUCAAUUUUAUUAUGAGUUUUCUUCACAUAUUCUUAUUCUGACUACGAAUAUAAUAUAUAUAUAUAUAUAUUAAAAAAUGAUUUAUGAGUAUGCACGAACAAUAUACACGAUUAUGACAACUUCUCAAUAAAAUUCAAUGCAUUGAUUAAUAACAUGAUAAAAAUCAAAUAAAAGCAAAGUGUUAGUGACAACUUGAUGGUAAUGAUAUAUUUAAAUUAUAUAAUUAUCAAUGGUUAGCCUAUAUAAAACAAUAUAAACACCAAUCAACAAUAUAAGAAUAUUUCUGCACCAUAUUAUCUUCUUCAAUUUUUUUUCUUCAUUACUAUUUACUUUUCUGUAUAUUUAUUUCGACAAGUAAUUGUUGAAAAAUAAUUGAUAACAUUAAAGCUUAUAUGCUAUAAUGUAUUCUCUAUGCCUAAUAAUACAUUCUAAACGUAUAUAAAAAUGUAUUAUAGCAUAUUUAAUGAUUUUAUAGAAUAUCUUUAUAUAAUAGUGUAUCUUUAUCUUAUCUUCAAGUUAAACAUUUCUAAUAGUCAGCAGAGUGGUAGAUAUUUAAACCUCAUUGCAAAGUCUGGGAUGCCAUUAUAGAUUUGUAAUAAUAACAAACACAAGUAGUGAACAAAAUAAAAAAAAAAUGUUCACACCGUUCGAAUAUGUUAAAUUGAAUUAUCAAUGAAAAUUUAACUUGAAAUUAUAUUUAGAAAAAAUAACUCUCUCGUAUUUACAUAUUGUAUAUAGAUAGACAAUUGUAUAAAUGAACUCGUUAACGUACAUAGUUCACCAUAUGUAUUUCCUUGUUAUUUACUCUAUAUUAGAAUGAAUUCUAUUAAAUAUGUGAAAGUGUGCUCUUAUGAACAUAAUAUACUUACUUUUAGUAGUUGUUCUAUUGAUUUUGACAUAAUCUCACUUUAUAAGCCAUUCCAUUAAACUUGCUUAUUCUCAAAAAAUAUAUAAAAGUA